UUCCGUUACAAAUAGAGUGAUCCGUUGACCUUUUUUUUUAUUCUUUGAGCAAAGAGAGAACAUCUUGCGAUCGCUAGAUAAGUAAUAUGGCUCAGCAACUGCUAUAUAUAACAAAUGAUAUGAACCUCCUCGAGUAAUAGAUAGUUUGUAAACGCCACUGCUGUUCGUCUGUGUAAAGAAGAAACCAAUGGCACACCGGAAGUACUUGCAGCAGCAGGUGUAGUAGUGUGUCUUAUGCAUGGACUUUUGGCUUUUUUUGUUGUCGUCGACUGGCUUGAGCCAAUCUCGGUAAUAUGCGCGGCAAUUGGCAUUUCAUUAAGUGUGGCGCAUGCUUUGCUGUGUUGUCGCUUUCGAUGGCGUUGAAAAUGACCUCAUCUACUAUAACAAAGCCAUACAAGGAACAGCUCUUUUGCUCCAAGCAACCUGUUUCUACCCGGCAAAGAAUUCAACCGUCAGUCGAUGUCGUUCGUCCUAGUCGCUAUUCACAGCAUAGUUUUUCGCCAAGCUCCCCAAAGACGACCGAAAAAGCUCAGCGGGGGCCAAGCUACUUUUUUUUUCAUUUCCGCCCCCGUUCUCUCUUCUCCCAAAGAAACCGCCCCUCCUCUUUAACCCUUAUUGAAACUGACGCGCGGAUUACCUUAUUUUCUUUUCUUCCCUUUCUUUUUUUUUUUCUUUUGGAUUGACCCUAAAAAAACGAGCAAUUCUUUUUUUUAAUAUUCGGCGCAAAGAAUCGUUUUCA